UUAACAGAAAUGCGCCAUGCAGUCAAAGUCUAAGCGCACUGGUCUCAACUCUAUGAGGACAACUGUGGAGCUGCGACGCAAGUCCGAAUGCGACACAACUCGCGCUUGGAGACUGUAGUCUGACUGGAACUAACUGCUCAUCAGCUGCAGUGAAACUUUUUGGGAUAAAUGUUUUUUGAAAUGUGCGUCCACUAGAGAGUAAAAUAACUGGGAUCGGAAAUAAAAUAAAUGGGACAACACAAAUCGCGAGCACUUGAAUCGCCCCAGUUGCGUGCACGGUUCAGUUUAGCCAACUUUGUGCAGUAGCCCAUCUGAUCUGCCUCAGUUUGUGCGGGUACAGCAGCAGCAGAGGGGAGCAGGCUGGAUGUGGCAAGAGACGGGUAACUGAGCUGCAGCGAGCCGGGUGCGAGUUUCCCCCGUCCCUACCUCUCCAAUGUCCCCGGACAGGAUGAUGCUCAUUGGACUUCUGCUCAGUGUCUUCUCUCAUGGUACUGUGCCAGUUUCUGCUUCCUUAGACUGUCUGGUGGCGGAGCAGGGCUGCAUCCAGGAGCAGUCCUGCAUGGUACUGUACAGACUGCUGGAGUACUGUGCGGCUGAGGAGGCAGUGUCGCCCCUCGGCCAAGAUGCCCGCUUGGAGUGCCUGGAGGCCCAAAACUCCUUGCAGCAUUACCGCCCCCUUCAAGUUUGCAAGUGUCAGCGUGGCUCUCGCAGAGAAGAACACUGCCUCAGAGUCUACUGGACUGUGAGGUUUGCAGCAUAUGAUGAGUAUGAAGUGUCUCCAUAUGAAGAACUGGAGUUAAAUCUGGUGAGAAACAUUGAGAUGUCACGUAUGGCCUCCAUCAUGGCAGCUUCCUCUCUUUCUGUGGACGGCCAAAAUCAGUGUCUCAAAGCAGCGCAGGACUGUGGCCUGUAUGAGAAAUGUGGCUCCCUGCGGUCAGAAUAUGUUGUAGCCUGCACCAAGCGUGCAGCAGUCUCUGACAACAGCUGUAACCGCCAGAAAUGCCACAAAGCCCUGCGGCGUUUCCUUGAGCGCGUGCCAGAGGAGUACAGCUUCGCCUUGCUCUUCUGUCCCUGCUCCGACACUCUGUGUGGGGAGCGCCGGCGGAAAACCAUCGUCCCGUCAUGUUCCUAUGAGGAGAAUGGGAAAGGGGAGGAAAGAGUGGGCAAACCCAACUGCCUCAGCCUUCAGAACUACUGCUCCAAAGACGAGCUGUGUAGAUCUCGGUUUGCUGAUUUCCAACACAACUGCCAGCCCUCCCCUCUGUCUGCCUCUGGCUGUAUGCGAGAAAGCAGAGCCAUGUGCCUGAAGGCCUACGCUGGACUUAUAGGCACCAUCAUGACUCCCAACUAUGUGAGCAACACCAGCACAGAAGUGUCCCAGUGGUGCACAUGUGACGGCAGUGGGAACGAAUGGCAGGGAUGUCAGCGCAUACUGCACUUGUUCAGCAACAACAUAUGUCUGCGCAAUGCCAUCAACUCCAUGGGAAUCUCCGCACCUCCUCCCGUGGAAAACACUCCCGUGCCAGCUUCUCAGCCCUCCCCGCACGUCUUCCAGGAGAGGGUCCACGUCAGUGUUAACACUCUCCCCGAAUUCAACAGUAUCGAGGACAGUGAGGAAGAGGAGAAGGCGGAGGAAGAAAGUGAGGAAUUCAACAUAAUCCCGCCGUAUUCUGAGAAGGACUCUAACACUGAAUCGGGGGCUCGAGGAAGUAAACGCGGAGCAGCUAGCCAAGCAGGACCCAUGUUAACAUUACUGCUGCUGCCUACGCUCAUCCUGGACUGGGAGUGUUGGAGAUACUGAAGCCGCCAUCUCAUUCUUUGCUCAUAUUUUACACUCGCUACCACUUUCAAAUCAAUCACAGCACUCAGAAUGAGCCACAGAUGACAUUUGCGUGGAAGAAAUUCUCAAUUUCCUUCUUUUUAUUUCAUUUUUUAAAAGUAAGACUUUAUUUCAUAAUUAUUUUUCUCCUAUAACUGCCUCCUCAAGAGUUAAAAGAUAUCAGUAGUCCUGCAGUAUCUGCCACGUCUUUGCUCUAGUCCUCUCCUAUGAAAUGCAGCGAACAACGUGAGCAGCUAUAUGAGUGCAUGGGUGAAUUUAGAAAAUGCUGUCUGGGCAAAUACUCUAUCUUGAGCGUGCUUCAAACUCAAAGUACAUCCCAUCUUUUAACAAGAAGCCCAUCGCCCAAGGCCACAUCCACUACACACACCAUAACCAGUCUACUCCACUGCAACCAGGCUGGAGCACGGCUUUUGAUUUCUAUUUCAUGACUCAUGUCACAUCCGUUUCUCUGUUGGCCCCUUUGGCUUUUCCUCUCCCUGCUUCAUAUGGUUGAGUAAGAUAGUCCACUUUACAACAAGCUAAUAAGAAACUGCACCACACUUAAACUGCUUUGUACCACUGAAGAAGGAAAAACUUUUAACAAUUACUUAAAAAAGUGAUAAGACACAAACCAAAUGUGUUGACACAUACAUUAUAAAUGAGAGAUCUUUUGCCUUAUUCUUACUUUGUGCACCAAAAAUCAGAGUGCAACAGUCAUUCUGCUCUGCUUCUUUUGUUAACACUCCACUUGGUAAUAUUCCUGGCAGGGUGAGUGACUGAGAAUCCAACCAUAGGCAAAAGUAAUGAGAUCAAAUUCUAUUGUAGGAAUGAGAAAGGCAACAUGAGCAAUUAUAGCACAAUUCAAAUUGCUCAGCAUGCAGAGAAAGUCUGGAGUAAGGCUCAAGGGAGGAAAUAACCAAUUUACUUCUGUCAUACCCUCUCACUUUUAACUUAUCCUCAGGAGGUGUGUUUUUAGUCCUCCAUGCCCAUCAUUUGCUGUAUAUGUUGUGAGAGUGAGAUGCGGAGAAAGGGAUGGAAACAGGAUGCUGUAAAGCCUGCUGGCUGCUCCGAUCAUUGAGCAGCACAUUGAGCCAUUCUCUCUGCCUGAAAUAGCUUUUGCUGAUGUUAAUGAUUUUUUUCUCUUAUGGCUCAUUUUCUUGUGAAAUUCAGCAGUGGGGUAGGUAAAGAGAAGUGUAGUUAAGUAUAUGUAGAGGGAUCAACUAUUUUGAAGAUGACUUUGCAAGAAACAACCUGUCUGAGUUCUGCAAGGAAAAUGUCUUAUAUUGUUUAUGUUGUCUCCAAUAACAAAUUACCAUCAAAUCAUUGUCGUUAUAUUGAAAAAAUUGUUAUAUAUGAAAUGGAAAAUUUCCAAAGACAUGGAAAAAAAGAAAAAUCAUUUUUGGGUGUUUGAAUAUCACUUGAGGAGGCAGUAUGAUGCCACCACUUUUUUGCCCCCACUACUGGACUUAUUCACAUGGUGAUUAAUUGACAUAAAGACUUUUAAUGAACAGACAUAAAGGCAGAACAUGCACUGGAAGCGUAUAAGCCAUGCUUUUUCAAAUGCAGGUCCAUGACUACUUCAAACUUGGGUUUGAUAUGAGUAAAAGUAGGACUGUGAGGUUCGUAGACCUGCAGUGGUUGUUGCCCACCUCAGGGCAAAAUGACAUCAUGCAGGUUUUGUUGAGAGUUUGGCUACAGGAAGCUAAGAAGUUGAUGAGGUAAAGGCCAGUUAACAAAGCUCUGAAGUGUGACUGCAAGCUUAGUGGGUACAAAAAAACCCAACAUAUUUGGACAGAAUAUUUCAAAGGAAAAGUCUGGCAGGACAACCAGCUGGUAUACACAUAUAGAAACCAGACGUGUUGAUAGAUAAACAUGCUAAAUAAACAUAACCCGUCACAGUGCAGUGUAAGUGAUGCGGCUUCUUCACAAAGCAUCAAAUGAACAGCAUCCAGUGUCAUCUGUAUCCAGUGUGCUCUGGCCUUAAUGCCUGAAUGUGAGUUUACAUGUAUUUUCACUUUCAGUGGGUUUGUUUAUAUUUGUAAACUAUGUAAAGUAAACAUUUGCAUUAAUUAUAGAUUGAUUUAAGGAGUUU